AUGGAACCAGAAAACCAAACACAUAUUUCAGAAUUCAUCCUUUUGGGGCUCUCAGAAGAAUCAGAGCUGCAGCCCCUCCUCUUUGGACUGUUCCUGUUCAUGUACCUGGUCACCUUAACUGGGAACUUGCUCAUCAUCCUGGCCAUCAUCAUGGACUCCCACCUACACACACCCAUGUACUUCUUUCUCUCCAACCUCUCUUUUGUGGACAUUUGUUUCACCUCCACCACUGUGCCAAAGAUGCUGCUGAACAUUCAGAUGCAGAACAAAGUUAUUACAUUUAAAGAUUGCAUCACACAGAUGUAUUUUUUCAUGCUUUUUGGAAUAUUGGACAAUAUUCUCUUGACAGUGAUGGCUUAUGACCGGUUUGUGGCCAUCUGUCACCCACUGCACUACACGGUCAUAAUGAACCCAAACUUCUGUGGCUUCCUGCUUUUGGCAUCCUUGUUACUGUGUGCUCUGGACUCUCUAUUACUUAGCUUAAUGGUUUUACGACUGUCUUUUUGUACAGAAUUGGAAAUCUCCCACUUUUUCUGUGAAAUUAAUCAGGUACUCCAACUUGCUUGUUCUGACACUUUCCUCAAUGACUUAGUCAUGUAUUUUGCAACUGGACUUCUUGGUGUUAUUCCACUUACUGGGAUCCUUUUCUCUUACAGUAAGAUUGUGUCCUCCAUUUUAAAAAUUUCAUCAGCUGAGGGCAAGUAUAAAGCUUUUUCCACUUGUGGGUCUCAUCUGUCAGUCAUUUCCUUGUUCUAUGGUACAAGUCUUGGAGUUUAUCUUAGUUCUGCUACUACCCAAAACUCCAGGGUCACUGCAAUAACCUCGGUGAUGUACACUGUGGUCACACCCAUGCUGAACCCCUUUAUCUACAGUCUUAGAAAUAAGGACAUAAAGCAGGGCCUAAGAAAACUGUUCAACUGA